CAGCAGCUUGCAGUGAGAGAGAGUGCAGCGACCCGCCAGCUUACCAUGUUUUCGCUUCAGGUUUUUGCCGUGUUGAUGGUGGCCGUCGCAGUGUCGGCGUACCCGGGAUACCAGCAGUACCAACUGCAAGCAGCGCACCACGAACCAUACGCGUUCCCGCAGUACGAGUUCAAGUACGGAGUGCACGACCCGCACACGGGCGACGUGAAGAACCAGUGGGAGAGCAGGGACGGCGACGUGGUGAAGGGCUCCUACAGCCUGGUCGAGCCCGACGGCUCCACGAGGACCGUGCACUACACGGCCGACAAGCACAGCGGCUUCAACGCCGUGGUCAAGAAGUCCGGCCACGCGGUCCACCCUCAGCAUGUUUCGCACUUCGGCCACGGUGCCUACUGAGCUGACUGCGACUGCCCCCGAUCCCUCCAGCCCAAGGAUGCUCCAGCCCGCUUCAGAACACAGACCGCGUUCCUUAACAUAAUCAAGCUGGAUCGUCUCCGAGGACUCAGGCUAACACGACGUUGACAGUUCGCUACCUCGCUGCACUACUACAAUAUUACCUAAUGUCUUUACGGUCUGAGGUGGUUUUAAAUUUUAACGAUGUGAUGACCUUACUAUUUGAUUGUGUUGUUUGAGUAUCCCUGGAUUUAUAUGUUUUUAUGUGCAUGUUGUGUUGCAUAUGUAAAUAAUAUUUGUAUGUUUGAAGUGCGUUUUGUAAACAUUUAAUUACCCUUCUUUUUAUAUGGACAUAUUCUGUGAUAAUUAAAUAUCUGGAAAAAAAAACGUCAUGCCAUUUAUUUGUUAUUUUUAACCAAACACAAAAUGCAUGUGUUUUAUUACAUUAAGUUAGACAUAAAAUUAUUUAUUCGCUACUUAAAUAGCCAGUAAUUGAUUAAUACGUACAACUGCAAAUUAUUCAAAAUAAUAAGAACAGAAUGGUGACCUGAAGAUAAUUUUUAUUUUGGUAGUUUGAAAUACCAAAAAUAAAUUUUGAAUAGACACCACCCAAAAUUACAAUAGUUCUUUUUUAUUAAAUUGAUUUCGUAUCGAUAAUGAGCAGAACUUCAUUACAUAUAUCUAACUAGUGGAGACUAGUCUAAUCAUUAACUUGGCAAAAAUUAUAUCAACUUAAUGACUUUACAGGCCAGAUUUAUCUAGCAAAAUAUUUGAUAUAAUUUACCUUAAUGAGAAUGGUAAAUAUAUUCUAAUAAUAAAAUGUUCGAGGUAAAAUGUCUGUACAUUGGAUAAAAUGAAAAAUGAAAAAU